CUCUAUGAGUAAGUUGUAUUCUGACUGACAUCGCAGCCAACCAAUAGAAUGUAUCGAACGUCACUAACAGACCGGCGGGCAUCUGAUAAUCAUGUUAGUUUGAGCGGGUUGCCACAACAGUCAAUGAAAAUUCAGCUGGCCAAACUGGACCGUCGACCGCAGUAGAUGCCGAAUGGCAGAUACUCCCUGCUCUUCCCUGGGAGGGUGAUUUGAAUGAGCUGGAUGCAAAUGACGGUGCGCCACCGCACUGGAUGUUUAGAUUUGUUUCGGGGCGAGAAUCACAGGCGAGCACUAACGUAACAGUUAACGUUACAUGGAAACGCUGUUCUUGAGGAGCUGAAAAAGAAGAUAGCCGCACCAAACUACACCAGUGCUCAGAGUCACACAGAGUUGUCGUGGGUUACCGCAUCCUGAUCUGAGAAAGAGACAGACAGCCGUCGCGCUUGAGCAGCUGCCAUGACAGGGGUGGGGGCAGACGAUGACAUCCCUCUCUGUGAGAGAAAAACUGUCACUGACUUCUGCUAUCUCCUGGACAAGUCCAAACAGCUUUUCAAUGGCUUAAGGGAUCUGCCUCAAUAUGGACACAAGCAGUGGCAGUCCUAUUUUGGCCGAACAUUUGACAUAUACACCAAGCUGUGGAAGUUUCAGCAGCAGCACAGACAAGUCCUGGACAACCGGUACGGUCUCAAGAGGUGGCAGAUAGGUGAAGUGGCCUCGAAAAUUGGCCAGCUGUACUACCAUUACUACCUCCGCACUUCAGAAACAAGCUACCUAAAUGAAGCCUUUUCCUUUUAUUCGGCCAUUCGCCAACGAUCAUAUUACCACCAAGUCAACAAAGAAGACAGGCCAGAGCUGGUUGUAAAAAAGCUGAGGUAUUAUGCUCGGUUUAUCGUUGUUUGUCUGUUGCUCAACAAGAUGGACCUGGUUAAAGUGCUGGUCAAGGAGCUGUCUGAAGAGAUUGAGGACUACACCCAGCGCUUCAACACAGAGGACCAGUUAGAGUGGAACCUGGUGCUGCAGGAAGUUGCUGCUUUUGUGGAGGCAGAUCCUCUUAUGCUCCUAAAUGAUGACAACGCCGUGGUGGUCAUAUCCAAUCGGCUGCAGGAGGGGGGUGUGCCCCCUCUUGAACAGGGCAUGGUGGUUGGCCAGCUCACCUUGGCAGAUGCACUCAUCGUUGGCAACUGUAACAAUCAGGUGAAGUUUAGUGAGCUGACCAUCGAUAUGUUUCGUAUGCUCCAAGCGCUUGAGAGGGAACCAGUGAACCUAGCCACACAAAGCUCCAAGCCAGGGACACUUGUAAGAGAAGACUCUUACACUCUGCCUGUCACUCUCUAUGAGCCCAAUGAGAAGCCGGCCAAGAGAGAGAACCCUCAUAAAUAUCUCCUCUACAAACCAACCUUCAGCCAGCUCUACACUUUCCUGUCUGCCUCCUUCAAGGAGCUGCCAGCCAAUAGUGUCCUGCUGGUUUAUCUCUCUGCCACCGGAGUGUUUCCUACUGGACGCUCAGAGAGUGAAGGACCUUAUGACUUUGGAGGUGUCCUGACCAAUACUAAUCGAGAUGUGGUAAACGGCGAGACGGCGCAGAAGAGAAGCCAGGCACAAAAAGAGAUGCACUGUCUCCACCCAGGAGACCUUUUCCCCUUCACCAGGAAACCUCUGUUUAUCAUUGUGGACUCAUCCAACAGCACAGCAUAUAAGAAUUUCUCCAAUCUGUUUGGCCAACCACUUGUCUGCCUGCUUUCUCCGACGGUGUAUCCAAAGAGCAUGCAAGACCAGUGUCAGCGUGGGAGUCUGUUUACUCUUUUCCUUUACAACCCCCUCAUGGGCUUCCUGUCUGUGUGUGGACUGAGCAGCAUGCGCUAUGGAUUGUGGGAAAAGGCCCAGGAACUCCUGCGGAAGGUUUUCCAUGACAUUGGCCAGAUGAUCACGAGCUCCCGAGCUAUAGAUCAGGCCUAUCUGCAGUUUUAUGGCGAUGAAUUUCUACGUCUGCUCAUGAUCCGUUUCGUGUUCUGCUGCACCACGCUCCGAUUACACAAGCUCUUCCGGGAAGCAAGGAGUUUACCAGAAUCAUAUCCUCCGCUGCCGAAACAGGAGAUGGUGGAGAGCAGCCUUCUACAGAAGCAUGUGCUGGAGCUGGCGGCCAUGUUGGACGUGCAAAACCUCUUCUCUGAUGGCAUGCUGGAUAACUAUUGACCACAUGGUGGCACAAUGCCAACCUGCAAACACACAUUUACACACACGCUCAUGCCCAUACACACGCAUACACAAGUUGUAGGUAGUUUCUUCUGAAUAAGCUAGUUGUUUAACCUAAUCUCAUUAGAUCUAGAUAGUUUAAUAACUAUUCAAGAGAAAAUAUCUUAUCUUUGUGGGCAGAUAUUUACAAUUUGUCAAGAUCACAUGUAUUUUUAGAUUUUAAGGCGCUUCACACAUGCGCAGAUUCGAAAGCGUUGCUCCCAAGAUACAGGAAAUUGUACUACAUGCAUGUAUCGUAUGGGUGUACGAGUGCAGGCACACAGGCGUUCAGACCUUUUGAAGGCAGCUAUCGCCGUUUCUGAAGGUGAUAAGAGAGCACAAGAUGACGAUUGAGAAGAAAGGAGCUCUGGAAACAUUUAUUUUUAUGUGAAUUGGUGCAAUUCCAGGGAGAUUCUUCCAAAAUAUGAGCCUACGGCUUUGGCAAAACACAUUUUGGAGAAGGACGUUCGAUUUCCUUCUCAACACUUUGCCUCUGCAACGUUUACAAAUUUUUUCCAUAGGGAGCGUGCUGCAUGUUUGCAUUUAAUUGCUCCGCCUUGGA